UUGUCCUGCUAUUAUGAGGAGUCUCAGGCGUGGCAUCACCUCAGCAACCGCUGGGGAUCUCCGAAAGAUUCCCCGCAAUCUUCUGGGUCAGCACUCCAACCCUCUUGCUUCAUGGUGUCCAUCGCUUCAACCGACUUCAACGAACUUUGUGAGGAAUCUGGGAGCAAGUCCCAAGUGUAGGAACUAUUUAAAACUAAUCGAGGAUCCCGAACUGCCCAAGUUGAUAAGUCUCUACAAACGAGUGUGCCGUGACUGUCAUGGAAUACCCGUCGGUUCAACCAAGCUUAAACGGUCUGAGCUAGAUGAUCCGCCAAGGAAACAUUGGAACAAAAGAUAUUUUCCCAAAUACACCAUAGAUAGUGGGAAAAUAUCCAAUGAUUCAGUAGGUUCCAAAGGGUCUGAGCUAGAUGGUCCGCCGAGGAGAUAUAGGAAUAAAGGCGAACCUCCCAAAUAUACCAAAUAUUUAGGGAACUUGCCCGUUGGUUCUUUUAAGCUAAAAAGGACUGAGUUGGAUGAUUCGCCAAGGAAAUCGUGGAACGAAACCGGUUAUUCCAAAUAUACCAAAUAUUUAGGGAACUUGCCUGUUGGUUCUAUAAAGCUUAAAAAGUCUGAGUUAGAUGAGCCGACUAGGAAAUCCGGAAACGAAGCCGAUUCUCCCAAGUAUCCCAUAGAUAUUGGUGGUUCUCCUAGCACGAAGAGGUCAACGAUUACAUUAAAGUCGGAACGUAGUCAUGUUAAUUCCAAAGAGUCUAUAACCCUCGAAGUGGAUAGUCCUCCAAAUAAAUCUGAUAAAAAAAGUACUUCUCAUAAGUCUACUAGUAAUAGAAAAAAUGGUUCUUCAGUCAAAUCAAGAACUCCGAUAAAAUGGAAUAAAAAUUCCUUGGAAGGCACGCAUCUGUCAAAUGCAUCUCUUUACAAGAAACCCAACUCAAAAUCUCAGGGGAAAAGCAAAAAGAGUAACUUAGAAAAGUUCCUAAAUACAAAAGCAUCUGCAAACGACCAAACCGAAUCUACAAGCCGAACAAAGAGAAAAAAGAAAUAUAAUAAAACACCUAAGAUCCCAAGACCAUCUCUAGUAAGCCAGACCAGUAAAAGACGGAGUACUUUAAGGCAUUCCCAAAUGCCGAUGGUACCACUCAACGAAGCAAAGUCCCUAGAUUCUGUAGAGGCCUUCUUGGAAAAUUUUAAGGCUAGUAGAAUGAGAAACUCUUUGAAAAUGGAUCUACUCAGAAAAUCUCUGUCGGAACCUUCUAAAAUAGAUGAACCGCCUAAUACUUCUAACCCAGAUGCGAGGAGUAUAAGUUCUAGCUUACAUCUCCUCAGGAACUAUCUGGUGAAUCCAUAUAAAAUAGACUCCAAGAGCACGAAAUCUAGCUCACUUUUUUUCAAGAACUCUCUAUUGAAUCGUUAUAAAAUAGAUGCUAAAAGUGUGAGAUCAAGCUCUGUUCUCAAGAGCGCUCGAUCGACUCUUUCCAGAAAAGGUGUAGACAACAUAUUGUCCAGCACAGAUUUUAUCAGGAAAUACCGAUGGAGUCCCUUUAAUAUGCGUGAAAAGAAAUCGAAAUUAAUCCCGAAGAGAUAUGGAUUAAAGCCCUUUAAAAUAGGAGCACGCCAUCUUAAGAGCUCCCGGAACAACCCUUUUAAGGUGGGCGAGAAGAACAUGAAUGCCAGCUCACGGUUUCUGAAACACUUCCGAUUCAAAUCUGCCUCGGACGAUGAAGAGGAUGACAACUCCAUUAAGUACCCAGAUGAUAACUCAGAGCGGGGAGUGAGUUUUAGGCGCGACAGCAGUCAGUUCAGAGACGUCUCACAGGCGGACAACCUGUCCUCCUUAUCCUGGCUGCCCAAGACGGACAUAAUCAAUGCCAAUCCUGGGCCCAUCGACCACAUCCACUUCGGUCCCAUCGACAUAGAGGCGCACAAGAAAGAUUUCUUUAGCUUCUAUAACAUCAAACCGGAUGUCAAAAGGGGCUGGUCCCGAAUUCCUUGGCCCAAAUCCUUUGAGCCCAGGAGAGCAAAUGCACAGGCUGAUGAUGUGCAAAGUGCUUUAAAGAAGGAAACCCCUUUCACCAAGAAGCAGUUGGGGACAGCAGCUGCCGCUUGCAAAAAGAAAGUGGUUUUUCGGAAUUUCUCUAAAUUCCAUUGCUUUCGUUUUGAAGUCUGUCGGAUUAAACGCAGAAGGCCGCGAAAAGCUGUGUCCUGUCAAACGGAAGUCAACCGGAACAGAUGUGAACUAUGUGACUUCUGUAGACCGAGCAGCCAGCCCGAUGAGCCCUUUAUGAUAGAGAUGAAAAGGAGGCAGGAUCGCGAGGUGUUGAAGCAGUACUAUCUGAAGAUGAUCAAAGGAAACAAGGAGUUCUGUGCAGAAAGGGUUUCUGGUGAGGAACUGGGUAUGAAACCUUCAGUCACUAUGAGUUCUGUAAUGAAACCAGAAGAGAAGAGUAGUUCCAAGUCCCAUCUGGGAAAGAUGCGCCACCAAUUGGAGCAAUGCCUGGUCAUGCUGAGCCUGUGUGGUCGCCUUAUUGAAGAUCGAUUGCAACUAUCCAGGAUGGAGAAAGAUAUUUAGACUACCAAGGUUGCUUAGGUUCCGGUCCUGAUUUAGAGCAGGGCCCUCAAGACGCCUGGGCCCAUAAUGGAUAAAAGAUAUUAAUGUAUAAUUUGUUUUUGAUCAUAUAUGUUUUUAUCAUUGGACAAGGUGUUUUCCUAAUGAAACUGAAUAAAUGUAUCAGAGUUGUCAA